AUAUAUCAUUACUCAAAAUAAUAUAUGGAGAGAAUGUUUCGUGCAAAGAAAUGGAUUAGGUGGGACUUUGAAGGUAAGGUGGACACUUGGAGCUUAUUAUUAUUAUAUAUGUAUAAUAGAGAAGAAAGUGGCGCCGAAGUAAGCGGUAAUGCAGUGGUAGAGGAGAGGAGGUAAGUAUAUUGUUUAUUCAUUCACUAAUAAUUAAUAAUUAUUAUAACAUUAAGUAUUAUUAACAAAACAAUGUUAAGAAGAAGAAGAAGAUUUAGCUAAGCAAAAAAAGAAGAAUAGCUAAGAAUGGGGAAGAAGAAGAAGAAAGAUAUCAUUCGGUUGGAAAGGGAGUCGGUGGUGCCCAUCCUCAAGUCCAAGCUCGUCCAGACCUUGGCCUACAACUUUGAGCAUGUUUCAGAGAGGGAUGAGUUUGUUAAGUUUUGCCAGAGAGUUGAAUGCACAAUUCGAGCUUGGUAUCUUUUGCAAUUUGAGGAUCUCAUGCAAUUAUACGCACUUUUUGAUCCCAUCUAUGGGGCUCGGAAAUUGGAGCAACACAACUUGACACCAGAGCAAGUUGAUGUUUUAGAGCUGAGUUUUCUGAACCACUUGUUUAAGGUGAUGGAUAAGAGCAACUUCAAGAUAACAACUGAUGAUGAAAUAGAGGUUGCACUUUCUGCCCAGUAUCGUCUUAAUCUUCCUAUCAUUGUUGAUGAGUCCAAGCUGGAUAAGAGGCUUCUCACAAGGUAUUUUACAAAGUAUCCCGAAGACAAUCUUCCACAGUUUGCUGACAAGUACAUAAUCUUCAGACGUGGCAUUGGGCUUGAUCACAACACUGCUUACUUUUACAAAGCCAAACUCAAUACCAUCAUUCUCAAAACAUGGAGAUUUUUCCUUAAAGUGACUGGGCUAAAGACACUUCUCUUUGGAAAAUCUAGCAAACACUAUCACAAUGAUUCAUCUCAACCUGUAGAGAUUAGCAUUGAAGAUGAGCAAGACAGUUUAUACGUCGAAAGAAUCCGCAUUGAGAAAAUAAAUCUCAGUAUAGCUAAACUACUGGGCAAAAUCACAAUCCAAGAGCCUACAUUUGAUAGAAUAAUUGUUGUGUACAGGAGAAAGAAAACCAGAAAUCAAAAUGAAAGGGGUAUAUAUGUGAAGCAUUUCAAGAACAUUCCAAUGGCUGAUUUGGAGAUAGUACUUCCAGAAAAGAAAAAUCCUAGUUUAACUCCAAUGGACUGGGUCAAAUUCCUUGUCUCUGCUGCUAUAGGGAUGGUAACUGUUGUUAGUUCACUAAGCAUGCCUACAGCUGAUAUCCGGGUUAUCUUUGCUGUCCUCUCUGCAGUGAUUGGUUACUGCAUCAAAACAUAUUUCUCGUUUCAGAGUAACUUAGUUGCAUAUCAGAGCUUAAUCACACAGUCAGUCUAUGAAAAGCAAUUGGAUAGUGGAAGAGGCACUCUUCUUCACUUGUGUGAUGAGGUCAUUCAACAAGAAGUAAAGGAGGUGAUCAUUUCUUUCUUCAUACUAAGGGAGUGCAAAAAAUCUACUAGACAGGAUCUUGACUUGCGGUGUGAGCAACUUAUCAAAGAAGAAUUUGGUGAGAGCUGCAAUUUCGAUGUGGAUGAUGCUGUUCGGAAGUUAAAGAAGUUGGGAAUUGUUUCUCAGGAUAGUACUGGAAUGUAUUCAUGCGUUGAUUUGAAACAAGCUAAUGAGAUAAUCGGCAUUACCACAGAGGAGUUUGUUCUUAAGGCUACAAAGGAAGACAGUGGUUGAGUUUUGGAGGAAAAAACUUACAUGUGCAAGAUUAUAUUAAUGCCAUUGCCAGCCAUGGUAUACUGUGAUAAAAUUGCUUGUAUUAUACAUGUAAAG